CUAUUGGUUGGUAGAGCCGUCCCUCAGAGAAGAGGCCGGGCCAGGUUCCCUUGGGAGGAUCUAAUUGGCCUUCUUGACAGUCACUCGCCUGUGUCUGGCUUGCGAUUGGUUUUCGUUGGACGAAGCUCAGGAUUUGCUUUUCUCUGCCUCCAUCCCCGCAGAGUGGAGCCCUGGGCGUCUCCGCCUCCUGAUUGGACCUGAUUGGCUCCAUCCCCGCUCCUGAGAUUUGUGAUUGGGUGCGGCUGCGCGGGGCGGGCCGGCCUGGAACCUCGGCCGUUGGCGAGCGCUCUAAUCUCGUCCCCCCUCCCUUCUUCUCGCCUCACUCAGUGCAGGAGUCUCCACCCCUCCCGGCGGUUCUGAUUAGCCACUUCCGACGCGCCUCGGGGUCCCGAUUGGCCCGCCGGGUCCCUGAGCCCGCUCCCUCCCCCCGGGAAGCGACUACGGCGGCUCCGAGGAGGGGGAGGGGCAAGGAGGGACGGCCGGUCGCCGUCAGUCAGGCAGCGGGAGCCGCCGGGAGCGGAUGGCGGCGGCGGUGGCGGCCCCACUCGCCGCCGGGGGUGAGGAGGCGGCGGCCACGACCUCCGUCCCAGGGUCUCCAGGUCUGCCCGGGAGCCGCAGUGCAGAGCGGGCCCUAGAGGAGGCCGUGGCCACCGGGACCCUGAACCUGUCUAACCGGCGUUUGAAGCACUUCCCCCGGGGCGCGGCUCGCAGCUACGACCUGUCAGACAUCACCCAGGCUGACCUGUCCCGGAACCGGUUCCCUGAGGUGCCAGAGGCGGCGUGCCAGCUGGUGUCCCUGGAGGGCCUGAGCCUGUACCACAAUUGUCUGAGAUGCCUGAACCCAGCCUUGGGGAAUCUCACUGCUCUCACCUACCUCAACCUCAGCCGAAACCAGCUGUCGUCGCUGCCGCCCUACAUCUGCCAGCUGCCCCUGCGAGUGCUCAUCGUCAGCAACAACAAACUGGGGGCCCUGCCUCCCGACAUCAGUGCCCUGGGGAGCCUGCGCCAGCUCGACGUGAGCAGCAAUGAGCUGCAGGCGCUCCCCGCAGAGCUGUGCAGCCUCCCCACCCUGCGGGACCUCAACGUUCGGAGGAACCAGCUCAGCACCCUGCCUGACGAGCUGGGGGACCUUCCUCUUGUCCGCCUGGAUUUCUCCUGUAACCGUGUCUCCCGCAUCCCGGUCUCCUUCUGCCGCCUCAGGCACCUGCAGGUCAUUCUGUUGGACAGCAACCCCCUGCAGAGCCCUCCUGCCCAGAUCUGCCUGAAGGGAAAACUUCACAUUUUCAAGUAUUUGUCGACAGAGGCUGGGCGGCGCGGUGGGUCUGCACUGGGGGACCUUGCCCCUUCCCGCCCCCCAAGUUUCAGCCCCUGCCCCGCCGAGGACUUGUUUCCAGGACGUCGGUAUGAUGGCGGGCUGGACUCGGGCUUCCACAGCGUUGACAGUGGCAGCAAGAGGUGGUCUGGAAAUGAGUCAACGGAUGAGUUCUCCGAGUUGUCGUUCCGGAUCUCAGAGCUGGCCCGGGAGCCUCGGGGGCCCAGAGAACGAAGGGAGGAUGGCUCUGCUGACGGAGACCCUGAGCAGGUCGACUUCAUCGACAGCCACGUGCCUGGGGAGGAUGAGGAGCGAGGUACCGGCGAGGAGCCGCGGCCACCAGAGUCGAGCCCUGUGGCAGGAGACGGGGAGAGGGCACCAAGCAGCAGGCGGGAGGAGCCGGCAGGGGAGGAGCGGCGGCGCCCGGACACCCUGCAGCUGUGGCAGGAGCGCGAGCGGCGGCAGCAGCAGCAGCAGAGUGCAGUGUGGGGGGCCCCCAGGAAGGACAGUUUCCUGAAGCUGGGGGUCAGGGCUGCUGGUGGGGGUCCUGCUGCCUCGUCCACUCAGGCCGCCUUCAACGGCACGUCCAGAUCCAAUACCACCCAGCUGGGAGCAUCAGGGGGGCAGGGAGCCCCCACUCCCACCCCCGCCCCUGCCUCCACCUCCCAGGAGCCCCCGCUUCCAUCUGGACCAGCGACCGCACCUGCUCCCCGGCCGCUCAGCUCCAUUCAGAGACCAAACAGCUUCCUCUUCCGUUCUUCCUCUCAGAGCAGCUCAGGCCCUUCCUCACCAGACACUGUCUUGAGACCUCGGCGAUCCCCCCAGCUUUUGGACGAAAAGGAGGUGAUGGCUCAGCUGCGCCAGGUGCUUGAGUCCCAGCUGCAGCGGCCGCUGCCCGAUGACCUGGCCGAGGCUCUGGCCAACGGGGUCAUCCUCUGUCAGCUGGCCAACCAGCUGCGGCCCCGCUCCGUGCCCUUCAUUCACGUGCCCUCACCUGCUGUGCCAAAACUCAGUGCCCUCAAGUCUCGGAAGAACGUAGAGAGUUUCUUAGAAGCCUGUCGAAAAAUGGGGGUACCUGAGGCUGACCUGUGCUCGCCCUCAGAUCUCCUCCAGGGCACCGCCCAGGGGCUGCGGACCACCCUGGAGGCUGUGACGCGGGUGGGGGGCAGGGCGCCCCCGCCCCCCUGGCCCCCCUCGGGUCUGGGCGGCUUCAUCCUCUUCUACGUGGUCCUUAUGCUGCUGCUCUGUGUCGUCUACACUCGGCUCCUGGGCUCCUAGGACCUGCAGUCACCCCUCCCCCGCCCCUUGCCCUCUUUCUAUUUAUGACUCCUGUGCAACCCCCUCCCCACCAGUGGUGCCUUCAGCCCCUACCAAAGACACUAGUGAACCGCACCCCUCAUACACACUGACUUCAGAGGCCCCACUCUGGCACCCCCAGACCCUGGGCCCCCAGCCUCUGGUCCCCUCCUGUAGCCCCUCCCCCUGCCCCGCCCCUUGCGUGCUGAUGGUGCCUUCAAGUCCUCCCUGCUUCCCCAGAGGGUGGAGCUUAACCUUCCUCCUUGCACCCCCCCCCACCCCGCCCCACCCCCCACUGCUAUAGGGGGCUAAAUUAUCUAUAUUUUGUAGAGAGAACUCUAUAUUUGUAGGGGAUGCAGGGGCCCAGGUAGGGGCCCUGUCUCUUGUAUAAAUUGUACAGAUCG